AUGAUUUGUUUAUUUCUUCCUUUUCAAUUUUUUAAUUUUAAUUCUUUUUUAUUUUCAUUCCCUUAUCUUGGGUUUCUUUCUUUCUUUCUCUCUUUCUUUCUUAUAUUUACACUUUCCAUUCCGUCUUUUCUUUUCCUUUUUAAAUUUCUUUUACACUUUUCUUUCAUUUUUCUCUCCUUUUUUUUAGCAGCCAUUUCUUCAAUUUUCCUUCUUCCUUUUUUUUUUUUUAACCUUUUUAAAUUUCUUUUCUUUUUCUUCUUCUUCUUAUUGAUCCUUCUUCUUCUUCUUCUUCUUUUUUUUUUUAUUAUUUUAAUUAUUAUUUAUUUUACAUCUUUUAAAUUCAAUUUUGUAAAUUUUUCUUCUACUUCCGUUUUUCUUUUUUUUUUUUUAAAAAAUCUUCCUUCUUCUUCUUCUUCUUUUCUUUUUCUUCUUCUGAAAAUUUCAUUCUUCUUCUUCUUCUUCUUCUUCUUCUUCUUCUUCUUUAUUAUUUAUUAUUAUUAA